AUGUCAGGCCGAAGAGGAGGGAAUGGUGAACUGCGGUUCAUUCCCCUCGGAAGCAGCCACACAGAAACAGUCGCCAGUCUCACUCCCUACCACGUACCGACCACGAUCCACCUUGGCCGUCCACGCGGAGCUUUAUGCCUUAUUUCCAGUGGCGCUUCCAGGUCAUUGAGCGCAUUUCUUCGUUUAGGCCCUCGGCCGGCGUCUCCAACGUUUCUAGGCAAUCUCACCCAAAAGGGUGCUCACGACGUUUUCGACAUAUUCUUUUUCGUUGUCGAUAAUGCAUUCGUCAAUCAACAUGUCUAUGACUUCCCUUGA